CCAACUCUUCCAAAAAGACAAUAUUAAAAAAAAAAUUCAGCUUUCAUCUUCUUCUGUCUGCCAAUUUUCUUCUCUUCCCUUUAAUUUGUCAUCAAUUAAUCUUUUUUUUCUCGUUUGAUUUCUUUUCUACUUUUUUGGGUUUUUUUUCUUUGCAGAUAAAAGAUAGAGAAAAAGCAAAAACUCAAAGAUGGGAAAAUCGUCUUCCUUAAAGAAAAAACGUUCCAAAAAUUCGUCCCAGUCGAAAACAAGGAAGAGAAAUAAGGUUAAGAGCAGGAGAAGCAAGUCCAAGAAGCUUCGACGUCAACGUGAUGAUUCUGUUUCUUAUUCGGGUGAUAGUAACUCGAGAAGUAUGGUGUCUAUUUCAUCCUCUAGUUCGGAGGAUGAUUAUAGAAGUCGAAGGUCCCGGUCUCGUUAUAGGAAGGAUGUGAAAGGUGGUGAGAAGAGGGCUAGAAGGCGGUCCUCCGGUAGGGAAAGUAGUGAGGAUUCUCCUUGUAUAAAGAAACGUAGAGGUUCAAGGAGGGAUGGUGGUUAUGAAACAAGGAAGAGAGCCGGCAAGAGGAAGAAGUCUAGGAGAGAUGUGAUUGUGAGUUUUAGGAGUAGUGGGUCAUCGAGUUGCUCAACUUGUAGGAGUAGCAGUGAUGAGAUUGGAUAUGAUAAGAGAAGGGGCAGAUCGGAAAGGAAGGAGAAAGAUGGAAGAAUUCUGGAGAAGGUUAAAAGAGGAAGCAAAAGGCGUAGGGACAGAUCAAGGAGUUGUUCUUCUUGCAGUAGAUAUAAUGAAGGUAGCGAAAUGCCGGAGAAGGUUAAAAGAGGAAGCAAAAAAAAUAGGGACAGAUCAAGGAGUUGUUCUUCUUGCAGUAGAUACAAUGAAGGUAGUGAUUGUCCAAUUGAGGAUGGAGUGAUGGAGGAGAGCAAUUCAAGACGGCUGAAGUCAGUUAUUACUGUUGCUAAACGAGAAAAUGAAAGCUGCAUAGAGUUGAAUGCUGAUGAGCCUAAAGAGGAAGUAUAUGAUUAUGAUGAUUACCCAUCCUGCAGAAGCAAUGAUAGUAAUGAUGGCUGUGGCCAGAGGGAGUUACCUCAGCGAUCCCAUGUUGUGUCUGAGACAAAAAGGCCCAUAGAUGAUGAACAUGGAGAAGUUUCUAACAUCAGAACAAGCAGUGUUGAAGAAAGUGGCAAGGAUGGUAAACCUAGGUAUGAUGGGGUUGGGGAAAAUGAUGUCUUGGACGAAAACAAAAUGGUUUCAAGUGCCACUGGUGGUUUUAAUGGUGAUGAUAUGGAAUUGAUUUUAAGACAGCGUGCACUGGAAAACUUAAGAAAAUUUCGUGGAGGGCUCCAGACCAAUAUAAACCCUCCAAUUACCCUGAGUGAUAAGAGUGAUGAUGUUAAAACACCUUCCUCUGUAAACACUGACCUGUUUCAGAUUAAAACCCCUAUGGGAGAUGAUGCUAGAGUGGUAAUUGCAAGCCAAGUGAGUCAACAGAUUAAACAGUGUCCAGUUAGAAGAGACUCUACCCUACUUCCUAAGAAUGAUAAGAAGACAUCACAUCUGAAUGAUGCUGGUAAAUAUUCUGGGACUGUGGGGAGUGAUGUUGCUUCUCCACCUGCUCAGGUGGUUCCUGCUGAUUUACCUAGAGUAGAGGUUAAUAAAGCUAUUAAUUCUGUUUCUAAUAAGUCAAAGUUGGUUAUGUCACGAACCAGACGGGAAGCACCUAAUACUGACACCACUCAAAAACAAAAAGUUGCUGCACAAGAACCUUCCCUAGCAAAGAGUAGCGUGAGUGAGGUUGUUUUAGAAACUGACCAAACUGUGAAACCCUCCAAGGAUAAUGCAGCUUCUAUUUCUAUUAGGACAAAGUCUGUUAAAUCACGAAUAAGACAGGAAUCACCUCAUAUUUAUAACACCCAAAAACAAGAAUCUGCUGCACUAGAAUCUUCUCAAGCUAAGUUGGUAACUGAGAAUAGUGUGAAUGAGGGUGGUUUAGGAACUGCCCAAACUGUGAAACCUCCUGAGUGUGGCAAUAAUGAUGGUAAAGUUAAUAAUACCCUUGAUUCUGCUUGCAUUAAGCCAUCCUCUUCUUCAAUAUCUACCUCUGGAGACAUCAGCUCAGAUAAACUGGAAGAUGAGACCAAGGAUGGUUCACAAUUUCAGCAAAAGACAAUGUCUGUGAUGCGUGGUGGUGAAAUGGUACAGGUGAAUUACCAGGUUUAUAUCCCUAAGAGAGCCCCUGCUUUGGCUAGGAGACAACUCAAGCGCUGACGGUUUAGCUAAUGGUUUGACGCAAGGAGGCAAGUUUUGUGAUGACUUGAGAGCUGCAGAUGACUAUAAUUUUUGCCUGCUACAUCAGUUGAAGAAUAUUUCCGCUGAUAAAGGGUAAAUGAUAGUAGACCUUUUGAUUUCUGAUUGACCUCUUCUACAGCAGCUAUAGCUUUUAGAAGUGGGGAAAUAGAUGGUGCAUCAUAUUUUGUAACAUUGGUUUCUAUAUUCCAUUUCAGUGUCAUAAUAUUUUAGCUGAUUUGCUUAAAAAUUUGUAUGUAUUGAUAACUGCUGCUCAUAUGGCCAAGCAAAAUCAAACUUGGGACAACAGAAUUGACCAUAUUUCAAUUCAAAAGUUUUCCUUGAAAAUUCAGUUACAUAUUUUCUCAGUGAUACACUAGCCACAUACCUAAUUUUACAGAUUGAAAGUUAUCAACAACAUGAUAUUCUGGACCAAAAGAUUGUAAUACAUGAGCUAAUAAUGCCCAUUGGAUACCAAGCUCGUGAACCGACUGUUUUUUAUGUUUCUGCUUGUCUAAACACGAAAAUGUCAAUCAGCUGCCAGUCAGAAUUAUUUUUUUUCUACAACAUAAACAAGCUCAAUUAUCAAUCUCUGUCACAGUUGUGUUGUCCAGGAAUGGAGAGAUAUCGAUCUAUAAUAUAGAGAGGCUGCAUUAAACAUAAUCGAAAAUGAGGUCAAGGCACCUAUGAGUUGAUAAAAUGGAAUA